CUGUCCAUCAGCAGAUCUUCGUCAAGCAUUCCAUGCUGCAGUAUGAAGCAUCUGGUAGCAGUUGCCUUGUGCACAGCAGUGGGGGCGUCCCCAGCUCGUAGCCAGGAUCCAGCAGAGGGAGCAGGCAGCGUGCAGCCAGCAGGGCUGCUCAGGCAGCUUGUGCAAUGAGCACUGCCUAAAGAAGCAGAUGAUGAAAUAUCACCUAUCUAUCAUCAUCUAUCAGCUGUCAGGGAAGAAACACCAAGUCAGAGCAGACAUUGGCCACCAGCCUUGAGACUGCGCAAGACCUGUAAGAUGCAGCAAAACUCCCGAGACUUUGUCCCAACAGAAGGAUGGCCACUUCUGCUGCACCAUAUGGCAUACAUUGACAGAUAAGCUGCUGCCUUUCACAGCACACUGUUUGCUGAAGAUAAUUUAUAGCGUGCUUCAGUUAAAGCUGACAGCCUGUUUCCAACGGGCUCAGAGAACAAUCAGGUGUUGUAAAAAUCUGUGAGUCUCUCCCAGGUAAAGUAUUUAAUCUUCAGUUGUUUGUGGGUGAAUGCACUGAAACAGAAACAGAGGUGAAUAGCCUGUGCCUUUUGGCAAGUCCUGAGAAGAAACCAUGCCUUGUCGCUUCCUCCCUUUCAAAUAUUUCUGGGAGAUAAUGCAGAGCAGCAGUAUCAAAAUAUAUUGAAACUGAAGUACAGACUGACCCACCCACAGCUCACUUGGAUGCAGAUGAAAUCCAGAUGUGCAAAAGCUCAAGUUCUCUGCAAGGGAAAUGCUAAAUGCUACGUGAGAAUAGUUGUAUCUUGGCCUUUAAUUCCAUGGACGCUGUCAGAUUGCUUUUGCAGGGACUGCAGUAAGUAGUUGUUGGCUUUAGUUGUUGCUGUUCAGAUCUGAUUCUUUCACAUUCUGGAAAAUUUAAGCAGGCCAAAGUGUCCUAAAUGCCUCUGCUGACAAAGGGUGUUUGCUCCAUCCCAGCAUUGCCUUCUGCUGCUGGAAGUGUUUCAGCCCUUGCAGCAGUCCCAGGACAGAGAUGUGAAUGUGAGAAGCUGCUAUGAAAGUGGAGCAGCCCUGCUGCUUUUCCCUAGCUGUAGCUUUAUUUUUAGCUUGUAUCCUGUUUUAUUCUAGGCCUAUCAGAGAGAUAGCAGGAAGAACUUCAGCUCCAUUUUGUGCACAGUCUCACUGUUCAUUCUUCCUUUUUGUUGAUGUUGUUGGUGGUUUUUUUUUUGGCUUUGGACAGAUUUUCUUCUUUACAGCUGUGAUAACCUUGUGAAAUUGAGGUGAAUACCCCAGACUCCCACCCACAGCAACCACGUGUUUUGUGGAGCUGCUUUCUGCAGGUGACCUCCUCCUAUGUCUUCUCUUCCACUUUUCGCUGCUCGUCCCCAGACUCUGUGACUUCCCAUUCUUGGAAAAACAUCUACAUUUUCUUCAGAGAAAGGAAUGUACAAUAUCAUCCUGAUGGGCCCAGUGUAAUUCCUGAUGGGAUACUGAACUGCUGGUUCAGCAGUUCCUACUGCUGUACCUGGAACAUGCUGGCAAAGAAGGUGUAGUUCUCAUCACAUGUGAUGUCUUUGAAAUGAAUCACUCGCUUCAUGCUUUCUGUUGAUCGUGAUGCUGACUUUGAAUAUCUAAUAUUCAGAAAAACCAUCCGUGUGUGUAGCUUUGUAGUAGGCACAUUGCUACACCUGGCUGUGAACUACUGCGCUCUGCAGGUCUGCAGCAUGCAGCAGCCCUGAGGACAGGAUGCGAGAUGCUCCAGCUCACAAGUUCUGCACGACUGCCAUCCCUGCCAGCUGCCAUGCUGCAGCCCUCAGGUUCCCAUCUGCUGAGAGACACUAAUGAAGUCAUCUUAAUCAGGAUGUAGGUUUGCAGCACCCGGCUGAAGCACUGGAAAUGGGUUUGGAGAUUCCUGCCCUGCUCCAAGAUAGGCUUGGUGCUUUGUGCUGGAGGAACAUGGAGUGCUGCUGUGCUGAACUCUCUCCAGCAAAUACCACAACCAGGUGUGACAGAGGAUUCCCAGCCCUGUGCUGGUUCCCCUCAGUGCCAGCCAUGGUUCUGGAGUUUGUCCGUAAGGAGCAGGAGCAGUUAGCGGAGAGCUGCACCUUCCAGAAGACUUUUUUCUGUCUUUCUGCUUUAGAUCCAGCCUUCAUUUCUGUAAAUAAACGGGGUCUGCAAGGCCCCAGCAUUAUUUACUUCCCCUCUAUUGAGGCAGCAAGUACAUCAGUGAGUGUUGUGAGCCCUCAGCAACCAUGCCGAGCCCCCAGGAAGCAAUGCAUGGGAUGUCUGCCGGAGGAGUGUGAGGGAAAAGUACCUUCAAGUUGGUCUGAGGGGCUGCAGUCCUGUGCUGGUGGGAAUGAGGCACCUGGACUGUGGUUUCAACUACAGACUUAACAUGCUCCUCCUGAAUGCUGCUGCUCCGUGAGUUGUGCCAGCAUGGCGCACAGGGUGUUUGCCUGUAGCGUAUUUGGGGAAGAGCUACAGCAUUGUCCAUACCAGAGCAUCCUGUCUGGAAUGGAAAAUCCCAGAGUUGAGGGAACAGCAAAUAGCAUUCACUGGCAUUCCAGCAUCAGCUGUGGUGUGUUCACAGCAGUCCAGACCAGGAGGCACCCACCUGAUGGCCUCUCCCAGCUCCAAGUGCUCUUUCUGUCUCUCUGUCCUUCCCCAGCACCCAAGCACACAGCCGCCAUGUCACUGCCCGGACGGCUGGACCCAAAUGUGCUGCUCUCUGUAAACAGGCUAAAAAUAUCCCUGUGCUGUUCCUGCGAGGGCCCACAGGCUGGGAAGGAGGCCGGGAUCAGGCAGCCUCUGGGGAUGCUCCCAGCACAGACACAGUGCUGUGUGAGCAACCGGGGUAUGUCAUGGGAGGGCUGUAGCAGCCGGUGGGAAGGAAUUGAUCGUCAAGUACACUGAGGAUCAGGAGGUGAUGUGUGGAGGACAGCUUGGUGUCCCUUGAAGCCCCGUGGGGCAGGGCCCUGCUCAGGCUGAGCAGAACAGGAGAGAGAUUUCUCCAGCUGCAUUUCUCAUCUGAAGGCAAUAAUUUGGUCCUCCUUCUGUUUGCGCUGCUGGACAGACUAGUGGAAGGCAAUUAUGAAGAUAAAUGUUUUCCCACCUCCCUGCAGUGCAUUUGUGAUUUAAAGAAAGGCUCAGCAGAGGUUACUGCAGGCAGUUACAAUAGUUUCUGAUUGCUGGGCUGGUUUCUGGACUGCACCAUUGCUCUGCUCAAACACUGCUGAAGUUAUUCAGCCCAACCAGAUGACAGGAAAGAAAGGGUCGUUUUGUAGCAGUGUAGAAAACGUUCAGGAGAUAUUUUUGUCAGUCCUACGUUUACUUCCUUAGAAGCACCUUAACCAGCUGUGUUCCACUUGGCAUGGCUGGGAAGGACCGAGGACCACAUCUGUGCCACAGGGCCAUGGGCCAGCAUCCUGCAACACUGCCUGCUCCAGGACAUGCCACUGCCCCAUCAGAUGGGGCCCUCUGAAGGUUUGUGCCCCUGAUUUCUGGAGUCAGAACAGACUCUUCCUUCAGGAAGCCUGUGUCAGAAGGAAUUAAAAGCUUGCUUUUAAGCAAGAAGAAGGGGGGAAUACGUGUGGAAAAUAUUUUUCCAGCUCUCUCCAAGGUGUGGGGCAGAGCCCCCAGUGGUUGCUCCAACCAACCCCCAGCAGCACCCCACAUCAAAUGCAUCAGUAGUGCUGUUGGAGGACAGCUGGCAGGACUCCUCAAUGGGAGGAAAGCCAGGAGUAAAUUAAGGCACAGCAUGUGAACAACAUGACAAUCCUGGACCUGGAGAAUGGCCCAGGGUCUCUACUUAUUUCAGGGUGCCAAUUAGCUGCCUGUCCUGAAGCAGCAGGAUGGGUUGGGGGAAGGAAGGGAUGGGAGAGAGCUUGCUGGUGAGACAGGGAUGCAGGCACUUGAUCUCCCAAGCAGCAGUUGAUGGAAGAUUGAUUUUACUGCUUUUAAAAAUAUAACAUUACUACAGCAGCUCAGUGCUGGUGUUAGGAGCUGAAAUCAGUGCUAAUGAGGGCCUGCAGGUGUACCCUGAUAUGGGGUGAUGCAGGGCAGCUGGCCAUGGUUUGCUGGGCUGCUCCAGGUGCCUGGAAGGACCGCGCGUUUGGCGCUGCCACCCUCAGUCCCCGUUACUAACGCGGCAGCAGCCAAAGGGGUUUCGAGCGACCGCCGGGGCAAGGAGCAUCGCGGCGAAUCCUACGGGGUGUCCGCAGCUGCAGGGCCGGGACACAGCUGCGCUCGUCCCGUUCCCAGCCGAGAUUCUCCACCCCGCGCUGGGUGGGAUCUCCCCGCUCCCCUUAAAGCGCAGCGGGCGGCCGGGCUCAGCUGUACCACGAGGAGCCGGUUCGUUCGGAGGAACAGACGGUGCCGUGCGGGACGUGACGCAGCUCUCGUCGUUCGUUCCAUGGCAGAACUUGAAGCCAGAGAAGCCUGUGCCUGGCUGCGGGCUGCCGGCUUUCCCCAGUAUGCCCAGCUGUUUGAAGAUAUGCAGUUUCCUAUUGAUGUAAGGACUGUGAGGAAAGACCAUGAAUUUUUAGAUGGAGAUGCAAUCGAAUCUCUGUUCAGACGGCUGAACACGUUGAAUAAGUGUGCGCUGAUGGAAGUGGAAAUAAAUCGUCAGAGCAAACAGAGUGACGACUCUGAUGAUGAUGAUGAACCUUGUGCAAUAAGUAAUAAAUGGGUGUAUGAGCGGUGCAGCCAGAAGUGGUUUCGCCUUGAGAGCCUAGAAGGUUCCACAGAAGGUGCUUGUGCAUCCCUCACAGGCAGCCCAAUACUGCAGAGCACUGGCAAUGAAGACAGCGUCCUUUUGGACCAUGGUGACAAGCACGAUGUGUCAUCAAUUCACAGCGCUAGCAGCGGUGACAGUGAUGCUGUUAGCUCCCCAAAGUCUGUUGAAGACAUGGAAACCAGCCUGAAUUCCUGCAGUAGAGUUGCUUUGCUGGAAUCUGCCUUUAGUUGUUCACCUCCCCCCAGUGAAUGUUUAAAUACCACCAGUGAGAAGAAGCUUUGGGAUAAGUCACUGUACAAAAAGAGGAAGAGCCUUCUAAAGAAAAUGGAGAAGUUGCACUUAAGAAGCUGCAACUUAAGGAGUGGUCAAUCAAAGGCCAAACCCAUCAUAAGUGAACCUUUCCUUCUGGAAGGACUUAAUGAGGAGAAGAUGAAGAUGCUUAACUGUGUAAAUAUCGCUGACCUCCCUGGCACCCAAACAAAGAGCAAUUCUCCUCCAUGCUGCAAUAGCAACAGUAAGUUUGAGAACGGCAGAACAGUGAGCACUGCCCGUCCUCUUAAAAAACCAGAAAGCUGCUGUGAAAGAAAGGGGAGGGGUGCAGAGGACUCAGAGUCUGGCAAGCUCCUGCUAUGGAGCGAUGUAUCUCAGGGAAACCGAAACAAUGAAGUGAAGUUACAAACGAACCAGAUGUUUCAAGUACCACAAGACCACAAACCUGGCACUUUCCCCAAAGCCCUUACAAAUAGUCCCGUGUCUCCAGGAGACGACUCUCCUGUCAGCUGGAGAACUGGCUGCAGAAAGAGCCGGAGCAGAAGCCGGUCCAAGGACUCCAGAUCCCCCCGGAGCCCCAUCUCAGGCACAGAUAACAGGCUGAGUGUGUAUGACAACAUGCCUAAUGUUGAACUCGAUAAGCUGGAGGCAGCAGAAGUUGGAGAUGAUGAUGUUUUUUCAGAACUGAACAGUGUCAUAGAAGACGUCAAAGGUCUCAGAAAGCUGGUUGAUCAGUGGACAGAGAAGUACUCAGAUGAUGGGUAUUUGGACUUUGCCAGUGACUUGACGGCUUUGUAUCCCUCCUCACCUAAAGAAAUCUGUCUUGACACAGAGCACUCGGAAGUUAACAGAGCAGCUGAGCUGUCCUCUGAGGGAGAGCACAGCUCUGAGUUGGGCAAGGAGCUCAGUUCUACAGAGCUGGCGUUCAUGGCAGAUCCUACAAAGACCAACAGGCACAGGAAGCAACAUGGGUCUGUGGAAGACAAUGGGAACAUGGAGGGCUUUUCCAUGCAGACAGACAGUCCAUCGGCUGCCCAGCUGGCCCGGGCACAAAAGCUGGCAUUGCUGAAACUCACUGCUGUCAUGGACAGAUACUCCCCUUCCAGUAAGCAGGGCUGGAACUGGACUAUACCAAAGUUAAAAAAAAUAAAAGCCUCUGACUACAAGGACAAAAAUGUCUUUGGGGUCCCAUUGCUGCUGAACGUUCAGCGAUCAAACCACCCGCUGCCUGUCGGCAUCCUGCAGGCACUGGACUAUUUAAGAAGCCACUUUCUGGACCAGGUUGGCCUGUUCCGCAAAUCUGGUGUUAGAUCCAGGAUCCUGUCCUUAAGGGAAAUGAAUGAAACCAGCCCAAACAGUGUGUGCUACGAAGGGCAGUCAGCCUUUGAUGUGGCUGAUAUGGUGAAGCAGUAUUUCCGAGACCUCCCUGAGCCCAUAUUUACCAGCAGGCUCUGUGAGUCCUUCCUCCACAUCUACCAAUAUGUGCCAAAGGAGCAGCAGCUGCAGGCUGUGCAGGCUGCCAUUCUCCUUCUGCCAAAGGAGAACCAAGAAGCUUUGAAAAUUCUCCUGUUCUUCCUACGAGAUGUGGUUGCGUGUGUUGAGGAAAACCAAAUGACCCCAACCAACAUCGCUGUCUGUCUGGCUCCAUCGCUGUUCCACCUCAACACCCUCAGACGGGACAGUUCCUCCUCUUCCACUCGAUCGAGCCAGAGGAAGUGCAGCCUGGGGAAGCCGGACCAGAGGGAGCUGAGUGAGAACCUGGCAGCCACGCAGGGCUUGGCCCACAUGAUAACGGAGUGCAGCAGGCUCUUCCAGACUGAUUUCCCAGCUUGACCUCGGCCCUUCCUUGUUAUUAUGGACUUUGCUGGCACUCACUGGACUGGGGCUCACCCCAGCUGCUGUCACCGAUACCAAGCCUGCCCUGUUUGCUGCUGCCCCACCUCCCUCCACAGUCCUUGCCAUGGAUGUGCCUGCUGAUCUGCACUUGGGGGCUGACCGUCUUCCUCUCCUGUCUGCCAAGCUCUCAGGCUUAAUUCCCAGGAUGUCAAAACCUUUGGCCAUGACAGUGGCAGUGGCCUCGCACAGCAGCAGUCUCCACAUGUUCACCUUCACAAUCUGGCCUGCAAAACAAGAGACCAACAUAGGAGCCAGAGCCACUGCUGAGAUCAACCACCACUGCCCUCCCUCUUGGGGACCAGUCUGCCACCAAGCUGGCCCUGGGCACCCUCCCUCCUCAGCCCAGCAGGCUGAUCAUGUGUUGUGUCCAGGUGUCUGCUGCUCUGCCAACCCCUUCAGCCCUCCCCCAUGGACAGCACUUGUUCUGCAGCUGCCAGCAGGGCAUCAACAGCCUUCACCAAACAGCGGAAGACUGUCUGCAGUUCACCUGCACCUCAAUACAUAAUGACUUAUGCAGCACCCCAAGGCCAGCACUCACCACUCUGCCUGUCCUUCUCCACACAGUAACAGUUGUCGUAGAACUCAGUGAAGGUGGUGGCCAGCUCAUAGAGGUAGUCACACAGCGUAUGCAGUAACAGAUCGUCCAGGAUCUUCUGCAGAAUCUCAGGGAACCUCAGGAUGCACUUGCCCAGUUUCCACUCUUUCUCAUGGUCAAGGACAAGCACCUCCUCCCUGGCUGCUUUCCGCAGCAUCUUCUCAUCAAUAUUGGCCAGGCGUGCAAUAGCCCUGCAACGAUCCAGAACAUGGUCUGCUUCUCUGCAACAACUUCCACCUUCGCAAAGCAGCACCCUGCUCCAGGUACCACAGGCCACCAUCUCCAAUGACAGCAAGUGCUGGAGAUGGCUUUUCUUGCCAACUACCCCCUAAACUGCACUGAUUCAACGAACCCCCUCCUUCCCCCCCACCUGCCUUUGCACUACAGACUCAGAAUUCACUACAUUCUUCAAAUGACUCCCACCACACUCAACUCACCUGAUCCGUGUGAACGCAUACAGCAAAUAAGCAGCUGUAUUUCCUCUGUCAUCCAGCAUCUUGUCAAAGGAGAACACGUAGUCAUUUAGUCUGUUGUGGGAGAGAUCUGCGUAUUUAAUGCAUCCAAAAGCGACUGACAUCUGGGCAGCUUUCAGCUCUUCUGGUGUGAGGACCUAUUGUAAUUUCAGAACAGGUAAUGAUCAAGAGGAGGAAAGCUAUGUUGGUAUCAAAACCCCCAGCACCUUGCCUGGCGAGCUCGGGGGUUGUAUCACCAUGACACAUGACAGCAUGUUCCCCAGCUGCCUUUCCAUAUGAGGGACAAAACCCCAUCUGUGCCCUCAGGUCUGCAGAGAUCUUUGUGGUGCUUUAUUGGAAGCAUUAUUCCUAUGCUUCCUGGUGUUUCCAUUUAAAAGGGAGCUUUCAGCACAGCAAGGAGGAGCCAUGCUUCCCAAUUCCACUGCUUCACACAGUGCUUGGACCAUCUGGUCCCUGUGUUCCAUUCUGUGGCCCACCCUGUCCAGUUCUCUUCAAGCCGUCUAAGACAGAUGAAAUACUUUUAAGCAAAAGCUUCCAGCAAACACUGUUGAAGGGAAAGGGUGAAGCCUGACACCAGAGUCCCCUGCAGCUCUGCAACCAUCCAUCACCAGAAGGCAUUAAACCCAGCAGGCCAAGCCUGCAGCUCUCAUCAACUACCACCACCUGCUGCACCCUGGGGGAGUCACAGGUGCCAUAUCCCUGCAGCCUAACUGGUACCAGCUGCAGGGCCAGCACACUGCCUGCAGUUCACACCUCGCUGCCAUGUAUCCAGGGUUGCCCACCUUUCUCAAAGAGAGCACCCUGUCCAAUUGCUUCCAAAUAAGUAACAGCACAGUAAUCCCACAGCACCCUGCCAUGCAGCCUGGCUCCAUCCAUAGUCUAAGAUCACUUCCAAAAUGUAGAAAUUUUACAUCUGUGAGCAAAUCUGGGUGUUUCUCUGGGAAGAUCAGCUACCUUGUCCCGCUCCUUGUCUUUCAGUUUGUCCAUGGCUCGUUUCAGCCCUUCUUCCAGAAGAUCUGUAAGACGCACUGUGUCCCCUGAGCGCGUUUUGAACUUCUUCCUGUAAACACACACAGCCAACAUGACCACCUGCACAUGAGGCAAAGCGCUCCCAUGGAUUUCCACUGCUAACAAACACACACCUCUGGCUAAUUAAAAAGGCACGUACAUCCCUUUGUAGUGAAGAACUGGGCACCAGACAAACUGCAUGAGAGGUGUACAACUCUGACAACAUACAUGGGGUAGCUGGGAGUGGGGCGGGACAGACAGGGAAGGCUCCAAGAAUCAGAACUGUCGCAGUCCCAGCCAUCAGGCAGGACAAAAUACCAGUGCAAGACUUAAAUCCAGCAAGGCAUCUUUACUUGUGUAACAAGCCCUCAGCAAAACCACUCGGUCUGCAACAUUACAUGACUGCAGUACACACUAACUGCAAUUUAACUUCUUAACUUAAAUGAGACACAAGAACACCUCUGGAGCACAAGGGCAUGGUCUGCACACCAGGACACUGAUGUCCUUUUCCCAACUUUUAUUCCACCUUCUUCAGGGCUGG